AAAGUUUAGAAUCUAACUUCCUAAACAUUCAAGUAGCUCAAAAUUAAAGCCACAGAGGAGAUUGAUUGAGCUGGAGGCUUUGGAGAAAGUCAUCCAUGAAAGAAUAGGAGACACUUGGAAAAUUAUGUUCUGUAAGAGACAACAGCAUUUUCGGCUAAGCAGGUUAAGCUGGGUUUUAUCAGUGGUCUUGUUCCGAGAGAAAAAUCAAUUCCUUUUGAUUAAUCAAUUGAGCAUGAUUAAGAUGACUAUUUGCAUCUUCUAGGUAUGCAUCCACGCGUGUUGGUUGAUGGUUUUGAGAUUGCUAAAAAAGCAACCCUGCAGUUCCUUGAGAAGUUUAAGACUCUUGUUGUGAUGGGUGACGAGCCUGACAAAGAUAUUCUCAAGAUGGUAGCAAGAACAACAGUAAGGACAAAGGUUCUGUGCAUUAGGAAGCCUGGGGAAGCAAUUGAUCUUUUUAUGGUGGAGAUCAUGCACAUGCAGUACAAAUUUGAUGUUGACACACGCUUGGUUGAGGGUCUUGUCCUUGAUCAUGGUUCUAGGCAUCCUAAUAUGAAGCGACGUGCAGAGAAUUGCUACAUAUUGACUUGCAACAUGUCUUUGGAGUAUGAAAAAAGUGAGAUAAAUGCAGGCUUUUUCUACUCAAAUGCGGAACAGAUGGAAGCUAUGGUUGCAACUGAAAGGCGUUCUGUUGAUGAGAGAGUUAAAAAAAUCAUUGAACUGAAAAAUAAGGUUUGUUUCGGUAAUGAUAGCAAUUUUGUUGUGAUUAAUCAAAAAGGAAUCGAUCCCCCAUCACUUGAUAUGCUUGCAAGGGAAGGAAUAAUUGCCCUUCGGAGAACAAAGAGGAGAAACAUGGAAAGAUUGGUUUUGGCCUGUGGAGGAGAAGCUGUAAACUCUGUAGAUGAUUUGACUCCAGAAUGUUUGGGUUGGGCAGGGUUGGUAUACGAACACGUUCUUGGUGAAGAGAAAUAUACAUUUGUGGAAAAUGUGAAGAAUCCUUCUUCCUGCACAAUCUUGAUUAAAAGUCCUAAUGACCAUACAAUAGCUCAAAUUAAAGAUGCUGUUCGUGAUGGUUUGAGGGCAGUCAAGAACACCAUUGAAGAUGAAUCUGUUGUUUUGGGUGCUGGUGCAUUUGAAGUUGCUGCUAGGCAAUAUCUGAUUAAUGAAGUUAAGAAAAUAGUCCAAGGGGUAAUAUAUAGAUCAAAGUACUUCAGUCUAUUGAAUAUGCAGAGCAAAAGAAGCAAAAAAUUUUCGAAGUAAAGACUGGAAUUGAUGAGACAGAAGCUUUGGUACCCUCACCACUCUCUUUUGGUAAUUAGUUAUAUUUUAAGAACUUUACACCCCUAAAAUAAAAACUUAGGCAGUAUUUUGAUUUUUAUCUCUGGGAUUUGACUCUCAUGUGGCAUUUGUAUAGUGUGUUUCUAGUUUCUUAACUUUAUUUGCGGUUGAAGAUAUGAUCUUCUGUCUAUUGAUGGUUAUGUCAUCUCAUGCAGCUUCAUGGAGUAAUAUUAUACAGUUAUAAUCUCAUGCAGCUUCUGUC